AUGCUGAUUCCCUAUGUCCUGUCGACCCUGUCCAUCCAGUCACCUCAAUCUGGUUCCGGACUGCCGGUACCUAUAGAAGAUAUUGAUCAAGUCAGGCGAGACAUGAGAGGGUCUGGAUAUGGCCUCGUCAAGGACGCUCUCAGCAAAGAACAGGUUGAGAUUCUUGGGGGCCCUACCGCACCAACCAACGAAUUGGGACUUUGA